AUGGCAAAACAUAACGUCAGCCUUCUGAUUGCGCUGGUCCUGGCACUGGUUUUCUUCAUCAUCACUCUGGUCUUUAAUGCUCUGGCAGGGCCGGGAAUAUAUCCUUUUCUGCGGAGCACCGGUAACAUUUCCGAUGAGUUUGUGACCCAGAUCACACCUUCAGGAUGGACCUUUGCCAUUUGGUCAAUCAUUUACACCUUCCUGGCUUUAGUGGUGCUUUACAUCUUAUCUGGCAUCUGUAGGAAGAAUGCAUAUGGUUACGUCUACUGCAGCCCUGCUGUUUUGCCACAUGGGUUUUUCGUGGUUUGGUGUUUAAACCUGGGCUUGAACACAGGGUGGUUGUUCCUGUGGGACAGAAGGUUGAUGCCUGCUGCUCUAGUUGUCCUCAUCCUGAUCGCCUUGACCAACUACCUCGUAAUAUUCUUCUCCUGCUACGCCCUCCACAACUAUGGAGCCUGGCUCAACAAGUACCACAAAGUCGACCUGUGGCUCCACCGUGUGUUGAUUCAAAACGGUGUCGCCACAUAUGCAACAUGGACGACCAUUGCGUCCCUGGUGAACCUGGCUGUGGUGCUGGAUUAUAAUGCAAACAUGUCCCAGACGGAUGCUUCCACUGUGUCUCUCUCAGUUUUGACUGUGGUGUUAUUUGUGUGGUUUGUUUUGGAAAACUUGGUCCUUGACAAACAUGUGCGGUACAUCCUCAUCAUCUACCCUGUGGUGAUCUGGGCUCUUACUGGAAACCUGGACAAAAACUAUGACGAUGUGUCACCCGGACUCAAUGGCAUCUUUAUUGCUGUGCUGCUGGCCGUCGCCUCUGUGAUGUUUGUCGUCAGGAUUGUUUUGGUGGUUUGGAGACACAUCAAACAGCCGCUCUACGAAGACGUCAGUGCAGAUGCCAUGGAGCCGAUGGACAUUGCCAAGAAGCAGAAGAAGAUAUUUCGCUAA